ACCAACAACAGCAGCAGCAGCAGCUUUCGCAUACCCAGCAUGAUCCGCAAGAUUAUUUGUACGACCAGCAACAACAACAACAAGAUUCCACUACUUCAAAUGAUAACAAGCGCUUAUCCAAUAGUAGUCUUCUGGAUGACCCGCACCAUCACCAUCAGCACCACCACCACCAUCAUCAACAACAACAGCGUUAUCAAUAUAACAAUAAUCCGGCUGCCGCAAAUACAAACAUGAUGUAUUUUGAUUCACCCUCGACAAGUUCAGACUAUUAUUAUAAAUCAACACCCUCUUCGUUCGCAGUAAGCGCUCCUGCCAAUAUUGGAUAUAGCCACAUGCACCAUCCAUCUUUGGCUGAUGACGGCGCAGCAGUAGCGGCUGCUGCCGUCAUGGCUCCAGGAGGAGGAGGAGGAGGACCCGGGAAUCGCAUCAUGGCUGAUCAGCCUAUCUAUGACCAUCACCAUCAUCACCACCACCAACAACAGAGUAACAGUAAUCGUAACAGUGUUGGUAGUAUGCCACAACACCAACAAGAUACCGGUGACCACAACACAGAACCAUACGAUGAUGACUUUGCAGCUCAAGCAAAUCUCCAAGCAAUUAUGGAGAAACGACGGCGCCGUCGAGAAUCACAUAAUGCAGUGGAGCGACGCCGACGAGAUAAUAUCAAUGAUCGUAUUCAAGAGCUGGGCACGUUACUGCCCGAGUCCCUGACAGCAGAAGAAGGCGGUGUUGCUCGACUCAACAAGGGAACCAUCUUGCGCAAGAGUGUUGAACAGAUCAGAAUGAUGCAGAAAGAUUUGCGCGAUCACCAGCUGCGUGUCCGCGAGCUGGAGGAGACGCUUAGCCAACUCAAUGGGAAUAUCCAUCCGAAUGCCACCUCCUCCUCCUCGUCCUCAACAUCGCGAAGGACGGCUAGAACUUCUACUCGAAUGCAGCACCCUCACCAUCCUCAACAACGACAUGUCUAGUUUGCUAUUCCUCAUCAUUCGUUUUUUAAUAUACAUAUAUAUAUAUAGUCUAUUAGUUAAAAAAUUCUUCUCGUAUGCCUCUUCCUACCCUUCUCUCUCCCCCCCCCCAUCUUUUUUCUUUCCCAGCUGUUUUUUUCCCAUACCCCAUCUUAUAUCGAGCCCAUGCAUUUACCCUUUUCUUUCUUCAUGUUCUGUUGUUAAUUAAUUGUUUGUUUGUUCCAUUUUUCAUUCCCGUGAGGAAAUGUUUACCGGUAUAAGACGCAAACAUCCAAACCUCGGAAUUACGGCUUUGUUAUUCUCCCCUUUCCGCCGCCGCCCCCCUCAACCCUUCUUCUUGUGUACUUUGACACUUUUCUUCCUAUCAACUACUUCUAUUCCGUGACUUUGUAAAGCCUCUUUUUUCUUAUUAUAGUGUUCUC